CACCGAGGACUCGGCCGGGACUCGCGUCGGAGCCGCGAUGAGCCUGUACGGAUCCCAGAACGCGCUGAACAUGAGCCGCAGAGCCGGGUCCAGGACCGACCUGACGGGCGGCGGAACCAUGCACUACUCCCGCAGCGAGUUCGUGCAGUCGGGCGGGAACGGCUUCGAGCCCUACGCGGACGGCUACAGCUACAGCUACACCAACACCAGCAAGUCGCCCGGGGGCGGCGGCCGCCUGGCGACCGGCAUGAGUGCACCGGCGCUCACUGCGCUGCACCAGAAGGCCGUCAUCCUGCAGACCCAGUGCCAGGACCACCUGAAGAAGGCGGAGCUGGCGCUGCAGUCGGGCGGGCCGGCGGGCGACGCCGAGCUCUACAUGGCCAUGGCCAAGGACGCCAUCGAGAAGCUGAGGAGCUGCGCGGCGGACCUGCGGCAGAUGGGUCAGCCCCACGAGAGCGUGGCGCGCACGGCCGAGCACUACAAGGACCAGCUGAAGGGCGUGCACAUGGCGCUGAGCGGCUCCAUGCGGCGCCGCAGCACCAGGGUGAGCUCCGGCGGGUGGGAGGAGCCUAGCCGCAGCUUCCAGGACGCCAUGGCCUGGAUCAGCCAGCAGAAGCGGCUGAUAGAGACGUCACCGUGGGGCGACGACCCCGCCGCCAUCGAGCAGCAGCUGCUGAGUCAGCAGAUGUUCCACAGCUCCAUCCAGAGAAGUGCCGAGGUGGACCGGGCCCGGGACGAGCUGGUGAAGAAGGGAGACAAAGGAAACCUCCACGCUCUGGACCAGGAGUGGGACAGUCUGCAGAAACUGUCGUUCCUCCGGUCCCAGCAGCUGAGGGAGGUGCAGCAGGUCCUGCAGGACAUGUCUGCUGAGAUCAUGUGGGUCAACGACCGCGAGGAGGAGGAGCUGAUGUUCGACUGGGGAGACAAGAACAUCGAUGUCUACAUCCCCCGGAAGCAGGAGAGCUACUCUAAGCUGAUGAGCGCUCUGGAGGACAAGGAGAAACACCUGAACAAACUCAAGACUCGAGUGGACAACCUGCUGAAGAACCAGCACCCGGCUGCCGACAAGAUCGAGGCCUACAGAGACACGCUGCAGACUCAGUGGAGUUGGCUGCUCCAGAUCACCAAGUGCAUCGACGUCCACCUGAAGGAGAACGCGGCCUACAGCCAGUUCUUCAAAGAUGCCAACGAGACGUACAAAGCUCUGCAGAAGGAGCACGAGCUGGUGCGCAAGAGGUUCACCUGCGACAAGGACACGUCUCUGGAGGACCUGCUGGACCUGCUCCGGGGACUGGAGAAGGAGAAGGAGAAGAUCACGGAGCAGAAGCGGCAGGUCCAGCGGGUGGUCAACAAGUCCAAGAGCAUCGUGCGGCUGAAGCCCAGGAACCCGGAGGAACGCGGCGGCCAGGUGAUCGUCAAGGCGCUCUGUGACUUCAAGCAGGACCAGAAGGUCAUCUGCAAGGGCGACGAGGCCAUUCUGAAGGACAACAGCCACCGCAGCAAGUGGGAGGUGACGGGCCCCGGGGGCCUGCACAUGGAGGUGCCCUCCGUCUGUCUGCUGGUGCCGCCGCCCAACCCACUCAGCGUCAGCCUGGCCAACAAGAACGAGCAGUACUACGAGGCCAUCCUGUCCAUCUGGAACCAGCUGUACAUCAACGUCAAGAGCCUGAUCUCCUGGCAGUACUGUCUGCUGGACAUCCAGCGCAUCAACUCUCUGACCCUCAGCAUGCUGGCCCAGAUGCGCCCCGAGGAGUACCGGCAGAUCAUCAAGAGCCUGGAGACCCACUACGAAGAGUUCAAGGUGGCCAGCAUGGACUCGCAGAUGUUCGCCGAGGAGGACAAGAGGAGCAUCGAGAGCCAGUUCACCGGGGCCCAGUCCCACUACGACCAGCUGGUGGUCCAGCUGCCCACUUACAUCGUCCAGCAAGGCCAGCUGGAGGCUCAGCAGGCGGAGCCCACGCAGCUGAUCUUCAUCCAGCAGCAGACGGACCAGGAGGAGGAGGUGCUGCGUCUGGAGGAGGAGCGGCGGCGCCUGGAGGAGGAGCGGCGGCUGGAGGCCAAGAGGCAGACGCUGAGCAGGGCGGAGCCCGGCAAGAAGAGGGCGGGCUCCUCCGCCGCCACCGCCGCCGCGUCCUCCCGCAGCCUGUUGGAGCUGCACAGCCUCUGCCUGAAGCUGGAGGCGCUGGAGACGUCGCUGAGUCAGCACGUGCACGUGUGCCUGGGCGAGGAGGCGGCGCAGGACUGCGGCCUGAAGACGGCUGAGCUGGAGAUGCUGCAGCGGGACCUGGACCUGCUCCAGCAGGACUACCUGACUCUGAGGGAGCGGAUCCUGAGGGAGGCGGACACCACGAAGGACGCGGACAAGGCUCAGUUCCUGCGCAGCGAGCUCGCCGUCAUCAGCCGCCGGCUCAGCGGCCUGGAAGGGAGCUCGUCCGCCUGCCUGCAGAGGCUGCGGGCUCUCAGGGACAUGCUGGAGAGCCUGGCACGAGCGGAGGACGUGGUGAAGGUCCACGAGGCGCGGCUGACGGAGAAGGAGACCACGUCUCUGUCGCCCGCCGAGGUGGAGGCGUACCUGCAGACGCUCAAGAAUCUUCAGUCUGAGCUGGAGCAGAAGCAGAGUGUUGUGUCCUCCAUGGAGGCGGAGCUCACCAACGCCACGCACUGGAACGAUGAGGUGGGCGGAGCCUGGCACAGGUGCGACAUGAUGCUGGGCCGGUACUCGGAGCAGGUGGGCCUGCUGUCGGACCGCUGGAAGAGGAUCCAGAACCAGAUCGGCAGCAGGCUGCAGGAGCUGCACUCCUACCUCCCGCAGCUGCAGCGCUACAGACAGUCCAGCGAGUCCUUCAGCAGCUGGAUCGACGAGACUCGCAAGAGACAGGAGUCUCUGCAGGGCACCAAGAUGGAGACGCCGCAGGCCCUGAUGGAGCACAUGGACCGGCAGAAGGCGCUGAACUCAGAGAUCAAGGCCAAGAGGGAGACGCUGGACAGCAUCCUGAAGGAAAACCAGAGCUGCGUCUCCGCCGUCAAGGACUACGAGACAGAUGUGGCCUCCUACACAUCUGGACUGGAGACUUUGCUCAACAUCCCCAUCAAGAGGACCAUGCUGAAGUCCCCCACCACGGAGCUCACGCACCAGGUGACUCAGCUUCAGACCCGCUACAUGGAGCUGCUGACUCAGUCGGGCGACCACCACAGGUUCCUGGGCGAGCUGCUGAAGAACAUGGAGGAGCUGAAGAUGCGCAACACCCGGAUCGAGCUGCUGGAGGAGGAGCUGCGUCUCCUGAAGGAGGGCAUCCAAGACCGCAGUGCCACCAACAAGUCCCUGGAGGAGGCGGUGGCCCGCUACAGGCUGCAGCUGUCGCAGUCGCAGGAGCAGCUGCUGUCCAUGGAGGAAGUGAAGCGCAGCGCCGCGCUGCAGUGCAGCGCCACGCAGGACAGCCUGGACUCCAGCCACAGCCAGCUGUCGGAGCUGCGCGAGCAGGUGGAGCGGCUCACCUACCUGCUGGAGGAGGAGAAGCGCAAGCGGCGGCUGGCAGAGGAGCGCUACACGCAGCAGCAGAGCGAAUACGAGGCGGUGCUCCGGAAGAGGCAGUCGGAGCUGGAGACGGUCAGCUGGUCCAAGGUGGAGCUGGAGAAGGACUCGGCCGGCAAGGAUCGCGAGAUGGCGCUGCUGCGCCGGCAGCUGGCCGACGAGGCCGGCCGCGCCCAGGAGCUGCAGGCGGACCUGUCCAAGGUCUCCACCUCCCUGAAGGCGCUUCAGUCGCAGUACAAGGACGUGGCCAGCGAGCGCGACGCCCUCCUGCUGAAGCUGCAGGCCACAGACCGGGACCGAGACCGAGUCCAACGUCUGGAGGAGGAAGUGAGCCGCCUCAAGUUCUCGCUGGACUCGGAGCUGAGCAACAAGCAGCGGCUGCAGGCCGAGCAGGAGCGCAGCCAGAAGGACCUGGGCCACUGGAAGGAGCAGUUCCAGAGCAAGCAGACGCUGCUGAGGCAGUGCGACCUGGACAGGGAGCGUCUGGAGAGGGAGAAGGGCUCGCUGGAGAGCGAGGUCCAGCGCCUGAUGAGGGAGCUCCGGGAGCUGGAGGGGAUGUACCAGAGCAAGUUGUCCUUGCUGCAGUCGGAGCUGAGCGAGGUGACGGUGGUGAGGCAAACCAUGGAGUCGGAGCUGAAGCGGGUGAAAGAGCUGCCCACCCUGGACGACUCGGCCGUCUACCUGGACGGCGUCCGCAAGGCGGUCACCGCCAGCCAGCUCUUCCAGGCCGGCCUUCUGGACAAACCCACCUUUUCCCAGCUGGUCAAGGGCCACAAGUCGGUGGCCGAAGUGUCGGCGGACAAGAAGCCUUGUCUGAAGGGCACAGGCCCGAUAGCAGGGGUGCUGGUCGAAGGCCGUCCGGGUCAAGGCUCCAGCAUGGGACCCUUCGACAAACUCACCCUCACUGAAGCCAAGCAGCGGAGUCUGCUGGCGCGGGAUUGUGCCGACCUGCUGCUGGACGCUCAGGCCGCCACCGGCCACCUCAUCGACCCCAGGACCGGCCAGAGGCUGACUGUGGACGAAGCCUGCACCCACGGACUGGUGGACGAAGAGGAUCGACGCAGGCUACUAGCUGCGGAGGCGGCGGCCGUCGGCUACGUCCGACCUGGCGUGGACGCGCCGCUGUCGGUGGCCCAGGCCGUGAAGCAGGGGCUGGUGAACAAGAACACGGCGCUGCGCCUGCUGCAGGCCCAGGAGUCGGUGGGCGGCAUCUUGGAUCCCGUGCUCAGUGUCUUCGUCCCAAAAGACAAAGCUGUCAGUCGUGAGCUGAUCGACGAGGACGUGGCGCGAGCCUUGGCUCAGAAGCCGGAGCUUUACCUGGAUCCGGAGACGGAGGGCGGUGCCACCUACAUGGCGCUGAAGCAGCGGUGCAAGGUGGAUCCUCAGACCGGCCUCCUGCUCCUCCCGGUGUCGGAGAGACAGGAUCUGUCCCAGAUCAUUUUCGACGGGGUCCGCAAGCCUGUCUCGGCCCAGCAGCUGCUGGACUGCGGCGUCCUGGACAAGCAGACCUGCAAGGACCUGGCCAAGGGGAGGAAAAGCAUCCCCGCCGUCUCUGCGGACAUCAGCCUCAACCUGAAGGGCAGGGGCCCCAUUUCCGGAGUCAUCGCUGGCAUGAAAGGAAAGAUGUCGUUUUCCGACGCAAAGAAACUCUGCCUCAUCCCAGCGGAGGCCGCGGAGCUGCUGCUGGAGGCGCAGGCGGCCACAGGCCACGUCAUCGACCCCACCACUAACCAGAAGCUGACGGUGGAGGACGCCUGUGCCCGAGGGGUGGUGGACGCGCAGGACAGAGUGCGGCUGCUGUCGGCGGAGGCCGCCGCCGUGGGCAUCCCGGACCCUGGCUCUGCCAAGCCUCUGUCGGUGUUCCAAGCCAUGAGGAAGGGCCUGAUGGAGGAGAAGUCGGCGCUGCGACUGCUCCAAGCCCAGGACUGCACCGGAGGCAUCCUGGAUCCAACCCUCAGCGUUUUCCUGCCCAAGGAGACGGCCAUCAGACGCAACCUCCUGGACGAGAGGCUUUCCCGCAUCCUCAAGCAGAACCCCGAGUGCUUCCUUGACCCCGACUCCGACCGCGACAUCAGCUACGGGGACCUGAAGAGAAGAACCAAGACGGAGUCGCACACUGGCUUGAUGCUUCUCUCCAUCAUCGAGAGGAAAGAUCCCUCCAAACUUCUCUUUGACGGCGUGCGCAAGCAGGUCUCGGCGCAGCAGCUGCUGGACUGUGGGAUCCUGGACAAGCCGACGUUCAGCAAGCUGGUGAAAGGAGAGAUAACGGUGGACGAGGUGGCCGUGGACAAGAAGGUCCAUCUGAAAGGAACGGGGCCCAUCGUCGGGAUCGUCGCCCGGAACCAAGGAAUCAUGUCUCUGACCGAUGCCAAGAAGCACAACCUGCUCAUCUCCGACAGUUUACAGUACCUUCUCGAGGCUCAGGUCGCCACCGGCUACAUUAUCGACCCCAAAACCAACGACAAACUGACCGUAGAGGAGGCGUGCGCCCGAGGCGUGGUGGACCUGAAGGACAGAGAGCGGCUGCUGGUGGCAGAAGGUGCGGUGGUGGGUUACAAGGACCCCAAUGGAGUCAAGCCCCUGUCUGUCUUUGAGGCGAUGAAGAAGGGAAUCGUGGACCGGAGGACAACGCUGCGCCUGCUGCAGGCCCAGGAGAGCGCAGGAGGCAUCCUGGAUCCCGUCCUCAGCGUCUUCCUCCCUAAGGAGCUGGCCAUCAGACGCAACAUUUUGGAUGAAAGCACCCACCUGGCGCUGAGCCAGAGGCCGCCCUACUACCUGGAUCCUGAGCCCGAGCACGACAUCAGUUACGGGGCCCUGAAACAGAGAUGCAGGACCGAGACCGACACCGGAGUGCUGCUGCUGCCCAUCUCUGAGUGGGAGGUGGAGAAGCAGAGGGCCAAGGUGGACCCCUCCACGCUGCUCUUCCAGGGAGUCCGGAAGCCAGUCACAGCCCAGCAGCUGUUGGACUGCGGGGUCCUGAACAAGUCCACCUACGAGCAGCUGGUCGGCGGCGAGAAGACAGUUCCAGAGGUGUCGGCCAGUCUGGCGUCCUAUCUGAGCGGAAGCGGCCCCAUUGCUGGAGUGGCAGCUGGGCCUUUCAAGAGAGUCUCAUUCACGGAGGCCAAGAAAAACUCCAGCGUGUCGGCGGACUGCGCAGACCGACUCCUGGAGGCACAGGCUGCCACCGGGUACAUCAUGGACCCCCAGGCGAACCAGAGGCUGACCGUCAGAGAGGCAGUGGCCCGAGGGGUGGUGGACAAGCUGGAUGAGUCCCGGCUGUUGGCUGCUGAAGCUGCCGUGAUUGGCUAUCGCGACCCGAGCAGCUCGAAGCUCCUGUCGGCAGGUCAGGCCUUGAGAAAGGGCCUGGUGGACAAGGACACAGUCCUACGACUCCUGCAGGCUCAGGAGGCCGUGGGAGGCGUCGUGGAUCCCAACCUCAGCGUCUUUCUGCCCAAGGAAAUGGCCAUGAACAGGAACAUCAUCGAUGCAGACCUGUACCAGGCGCUGAGCCGCUCCCCACCCUGCUACCUCGACCCGGAAACCCAACGCGCUACUACCUACGCAGAUCUCCUCAGAAAGUGUACCGCCGAACCAAGCAGCGGCCUCUUGCUCCUCCCCGAGACCCAGCAGUCAGCCACGGUGCAGGGCCUCCGGGGCCAGGUGCCACUCCUCCAGCUGGUGGGUGCAAACCUCUUGGAUCAGUCAGACCUGGACCAAGUGAGGCAGGGACGACUGACCAGCCGGGACAUCGAAAGCCGCCUGCGCCCCUACCUGGCGGGCUCCUCUUGCAUCGCCGGCGUGUUUGACGAAGCCCGUAAUCGAGCCCUUCCUUUCUACCAAGCCAUGAAAGACGAGCUGUUGAGGCCGGAGACCACGCUGGAGCUGCUCGAAGCUCAGGCUGCCUCCGGCUUCAUGGUUGAUCCCGUCAGCAACCUGUACCUAAACGUGGCCGACGCCUACAGCAGGCACCUUUUCGGAGCCGACUUCAAGGACAGCCUGCUGUCUGCAGAGAGAGCCGUGACUGGCCAUCGGCUGCCCGGAACCAGCCGAGUCAUCUCUCUGUUCCAGGCCAUGGAGAAGGGUCUGGUGGAGAGGGGCCACGGCAUCCGCCUCCUGGAGGCCCAGCUUGCCAGCGGAGGAAUCAUCGAUCCAGAACACAGCCACCGAAUUGACCUGGAAACCGCAUACCAGAAAGGCUACCUGGACGAGAGGACCCACAAGAUUCUCACUCAGGGAGGCGACGGCUCCAAGGGCUUCAUGGAUCCCAACACCGAGGAGAACUUGACUUACCGCGAGCUGAAGCAGCGCUGCAUCACGGAUGAAAAGACCGGCCUCCUCCUGCUGCCCAUCGUGGACAAGAAAGCGCAGGCUGCCUCGCAGAAGAACACGCUGCGAAAAAGGCGGGUGGUGAUCGUGGACCCCGAGACCAACAAGGAGAUGAGCAUCCGUCAGGCCUACGACAAGGGCUACAUUGAUCAUGAGACCUUUGUGGAGCUCUCGGAGCAGGAGUGCGAGUGGGAGGAAAUCACCACCACCGCGCCGGACGGCUCCACUCACUUCAUGAUCGUUGACCGGCAAAGUGGGAAGGAGUACAACAUCAGCCGCAUGCUGGAGGAGGGCCUGGUCAGCCGGUCCGCUCUGGACCAGUACCGCUCUCGGGUCAUUACCCUGACUCAGUUCGCUGACCUCAUCACCUCCACCGCCAAACGGGGGUCGGCGCACGGCUCAGCAGAGACCGACGGCGUGACUGCGAGAGACGCUCCCGUGCAGCCGUUGUUGGUGCCGUCUGCGUACACUGAAGUUUCAAGACCCCUGUCGCCCACCUUCACCAAGACCACCACGACCAAAACCACCAUCACCGAGCGUAGCAGCAGCAGCAGCAGCAGCAGCCGCCACGAUGCUCUGGACCUGCCAACCCAUGUGUCCGGGAUCUCACUCAGCCCCACGUCCCCUCUCGAGUCCCUCGGUGAGAAGAGUGCUAUCGGAGCCAUCUUUGACACAGAGGCUCUGGAGAAGAUCUCCAUCACGGAGGCUCAGAGUCGGGGCCUCGUGGAUGCCAUCACUGCUCAGAGACUCCUGGAGGCCCAGGCCUGCACCGGCGGAAUCGUCAAUCCUUCAAACGGCCAACGGCUGGGGGUCCAGGAAGCCUCCCGCCAGGGAAUCAUCACCGACGACAUGGCGGCCAAGCUCAAGCCGGCGCAGAAGGCCUACAUGGGUUUUGAGGACGUCAAGAGCAAGCGAAAACUGUCAGUGGCCCAGGCCGUGAAGGAGAUGUGGCUGCCGUACGAGGCUGGCCAGAGGCUGAUGGAGUACCAGUGUGUGACCGGAGGGCUGCACGACCCGGAGGCCGGCUGCAGGAGGUCUCUGGACCAGGCCGUGAGAAUGAACUGGCUGGACGCGCGAGCGGCCCAGAGCCUGCGGGACCCCGGCCGCCACAGCAAGACCCUCACGUGCCCAAAGAGCAAGCUGAAGAUCUCGUACCAGGAGGCCCUGGACAAUGCCAUGCUGGAGGAAGGCACCGGCGUGAGGAUGCUCCAGGCCUCCACCACCUCCUCCCAGGGCAUCAGCAGCCCCUACAACGUGACCUCUGCGCCGGGAUCCUCCACAGGAUCCAGGAGUGGCUCGCGCCGGGGCUCUCGCCGGAGCAGUUUCGAUUCGGGCUCCGCCUUGCUGACCAGCCGUUACGGCAGCUUCUCCUCCAGAUCCAACUUCUAACGCGCUGCGUCCCGUCCCAGGACGGAGGCGCCAUUUCAUGCUAAACUCCAGGGGUUUCAGCUUUGGCUCGCCAUCUUCGCGCCGGUGUGUGGUGUGUGUGUGUGUGUGCGUGCGGGUGCAUUGCAGUUAUCGGACCUGGCUUGCUUUUUGGUUCCACCAUGUUAAAAAAAAAAAGAAAUAAAGUUUUUACCGCUUCAAUCUCAAUGUUUUGUGUGUGUCUCGUGAUGUGGCGAGUCAUACUUCUGAUGAAGAAUAGUCUCUGACAGCACAAGAUGGCGACGUUCUAAUCGAACAAAAAGGUAUUAGAGGAAUAUCGUGUGAAGGGACGUCAGGAAAAGCGUCCUGGAACAAAAGACUGAGGCGUGCGAGCGAUGGUGGGACUCGCCAUAGAAACAUCUUAUCUCAACCUCAUUCUGACCGGAGGUCUAGCGCAGUGGUUGGCAGGCGGACGCGUGUUCACCUGACGCCAGAGGCUUGGAAUCCCACCUGUUGUGUGCACGUGGCACGGAGGGAAGCUGCCACGGUUCAUGCACCGUCCGGGACGAUGGUAUGGUCAGGACAUCAGCAGUGAUCGCGGCUUGUUGCAGACGUCCUGAAAACCGCUGACAGUUUAGCAGCGGAUAAGCAGGAAGAAACAGUGGCGCAUGCUCAGACAAGUGUGAAUAAAGCGAGCGCUCCUCGUGUCACGCUGAUCAGACUGCAGGAGCUCAGCUAUCGAAGUUCAAGAAUCACAGGAGUCUUCUUCUCCUCCUUAAGAUCAGUAAGUUCAGAUCAAUGUUAUCAGUAAUAAAUUGUAUAAAUGGACCGAUAAUACAUAAACAAAUGAUCGAAAAUCAACAAUGUGGAAGAAAGAACUUUUAAGUCGCGUGCGUCAAGGAAAGUUCCGGGAACCGUCAUGACUGACGACACCUUGAUCGGCUCCAACCUGGAGACCAAGAAGUCCUGGCGCGUCUGUUCCGUCUCUCCCAGCGUGCUCCUGCGUCCUCUUCAUCCCAGUCCAGGGAGCUGUUUGCCCUCCUCAGCCCUCCACCUCGAGGCAUCGCCCCGGUCCUCAAAUUAAUACAUCUUUUAAAAGACGUGUCCCGGGACUUCCGUUUCCGCUUGACAUGAGCUAGACGCAAGUCUCACCUGCUCCCGUACUUUUUUCACUAAAACUCACAUGUUUGAUAUUAUUAGCGUUUAUUUUUGCACAAAGGAACUGUUGAGUUUUGACGAACCGAAAUGAGCAAACAUUCUAAGUCCGGAAAUCACAAACAAGGUAGGGAUCCUCCGUCCUCAUCGCCGAAGCCCGCUGUCAUGGCCGAACAGGAGCUGCUCACGCUUCAAGCCCUAAGAGACCAGCUGAAAGCGUCUCGCGAUGCAAUUGUAACUGACUUCAAA